AUGAGCGAAAAACCAGUAGAGCAUCACGAUGAAGACACAACUGCGUUCUUUAAAGAAGUUGAUGAUGACAUUAACAAGGACUACAUGACAUGCAGUGCGUCUCAAGCGUUCGAUUCUGUUUGGCAAUGUUAUACUCUUGGUUCGCAAGCUGUAAACUACUAUCGAUAUGGCGAGAAGAAAGACUGCUCGGUCCGUUGGGACGAUUUUAAAUUUUGCAUGUCAGCAAAGACUAAAUCCAGUGAAGUAGCAGACCGUAUGCUUCGACAGAGAGCAAAGGAAAAAGAACGAUUGAAAAGCCAGAUGCGUAACUCAGAAGAAGUAUGGGAAGCCUACAAGAAAUCCCCGGCAGCAUAAGCAGAAGAAAUAUAUACAAGGCCUGUAAGAAUAUAAUUAUUAAGGAUAAAUCAUUCUUUUCCUCUAAAAAUUGAGAUAAAAAGAAAGACAAAAGAAAAUCCUCAAAAUUUAUCUUCUUUUUUUUUAAAGCAAAAUCUCCCAAAAAAAACAAUUAUUAGAGAUCUCCAUAAAUUGAAGCAUUAUAAAUUUCUACGUAUCAACUAUUAAAGAAGUAUAUAUUAUUAUCAUUAUU